AUGAUCGUGGAUUCUGAAGAGGAGCCUACGAAGGAUGGUGAUGACACCGAGCCUGAAUAUACUCUAACCGAGCACCCAUCCGAGCCCGACUACACACCAGCCGAUCACUUCAGCUCGGAACCUUCCGAGCCUGUUCAUUCACCAGUUUACACACCAGCUGGAUUUGAUCUUCUCAUCUCAGAUUAUGACCCGGAUGAGGACAAGAAGGAUACUGCCAUCUCGCUGGAGAUCUCACCACCCCGCCUCACUCAUUCGCAUCGAUAUUUCAGUGCACACACUACUGGUACUCGGGUGAAACAAACUGCAGGGAAGACUACUACAAUCCCCUCUCGAAAGAGAGCAGCACCCCCAUCGGCAUCACCACCGCCAUCGAAGAAACCUUGUGGGGACUACACCUGGAUGCCUUAUAUUAGAGCUUUGAAGUAG